AAGGGAGAGGCUCUCUGAGGUAGCUAAUGCAGUAAUAUUUUAUCUCAGAUCAUUUAGAAAGUCUCCAAGAGCGUUUAGACACAAUGGGGUUUCUAAUCCCAUUGUGUGUGGUGCUACUACUGAUGAAUAAUGAAGUUUACACCACUACUACACCAUCAAACAAGGACAGUUUUACAGAAAUGACAACCAGCAUAGCAACCGCAACUGACCCAUGCUAUGACUAUAAUAUUCUGGAUGAUUACUGGAGAGACAUACGUCAAUAUGGCAGUUUUGGACAUGAUGACACCCUUGUUGAGUGGAAUGGUUGGUAUCGGUUCUAUCUAAACAGAGAACCUGCUCAAUUGUCUGAAUGGUGCGUGAAUUACGUCUCAUGUGGUGGUAAUAAUGGACUAAAGCUCAAAGGUUCUCAUCCACAUCUUGAGGAUGGAGUGGUGACACGUGAAGUUUUGGGAUUUUCCUCCUAUGACUGCCAUAGCUACAGCUCCAACCCUAUCCAGAUCAAAGCAUGUCCUGGAGACUAUUAUGUCUAUAAACUUGUCAAGCCAGAUGAGUCGAUCUACUUACCUUCAUACUGUGCAGUCACUUUCUACAGUCCAACUGUUGACCCUUGUGACAGCUAUACCAGUCUGGACGAGCCUUGGAGAUCCACCAGCAAUACUUUGUCCUUUUAUUACAACUAUUACUAUUCAGUGUGUGAUUAUAAUGUCAAUUGGAAUGGCUGGUACAGACUUUUCAAUCAGGGUCAGAGUGCACAGAUGCCUGAGUCAUGUGUAAAUUAUGGCUCAUGUGGCACUUAUCACCCACUGUGGCUCAAUGGCCUUCACCCACAGUUGGAAGAUGGAGUGGUCACAAGGCAAGUCUGUGCUUAUUCUUGGAGUGACUGUUGUGGUUACAGGUCCUAUCCCAUACAAGUGAAAGCCUGUCCUGGAAAUUACUAUGUCUAUGAGUUUGUUAGUCCAACACUCUGUUCGGCCUACUGUACAGAAGUUAGAAGCCUAAACACCUCAACAACAACAGAGACAACGAAAAUCACAGAGUCCACUACAUCAUUGCCCAUCACAACCACUGAGGUCCUAAGCUCAACAACUACAACAACAGAGACAAUGCCAAUGUCCAUCACAACCACGGCCGUAACAGACCCAUGUGUUGAGCUGAAUUGUACUGAUGGCGAAAGGUGUGGAGAGAAAGAUGGAAUCUAUGGUUGUUUAUGUAACGAGAACCAUCUCCGACCCAACUGCAACAUUUAUGAUUCCUUUGAAAUUUGUGAAAGCAGCUCUGGUUUCCUCUCUCUGUCCCGCUGUCAGCUUUUUGAGGAUGGUUUUCCUGCUGAAAAACUACACCUCAGUGAUUCUAACUGCAAAGGAACUGUCCAGAAUGGCAGAGUGGAGUUCCAUUUUGAUAGAAAUGACCACCUCUGUGGUACAAAUUUUAUGGCUAAUGGCACGCACUUUAUCUAUGAGAAUGUUAUUUUGGGGGAGGUGGAAUCAACUCAAGUCAUUAGUAGGAAGAGUCAUCUGAAGUUGCCUUUCUCCUGCAUAUAUUCUCAAAGCCAAACAUUUUCCAUGAACGUGCACAUCAACCCUCUGGAAAGCGUUUUGCACAGGAAGAUUCCUGCUGGUCAAGGCACAUAUAAGGUCAGGAUAGUUCCAUAUCAGGAUCCUGAGUUCUCCCAACCCUUCACUGGUAGUGUGAAUGUGGAGGUGGAUCAACCGAUUUUUGUGGAAGUUGUCAUAGAUGGGAUUGACGGCCAACAGUUUGCAAUGCUGAUAGAUGCAUGUUGGGCAACACCUGUGAAUGACCCUCAUUAUGAUGUCCGCUGGGACCUCAUUGUUGGAGAGUGCCCCAAUCCAAAAGAUGACACAGUGGAUCUGCUGCAGAAUGGUGUGUCCACAUCAGGUCGUUUCUCCUUCAGGAUGUUUACCUUCACUGCAGACUCUGAUAAGGUUUUCCUGCACUGUUCCGUUCACCUUUGCCAUCUGAAAAACAAUGACUGCUCAGUGCACUGUGACCCUGGUUACCACAGGAGAAUACGCAGAUCUUUGGACUUCCAUGACACAGCUUCCAUAUCUGUGGGUCCUCUGAUCAGGACUAAAAGGAAAACAGAUAAAUGGGCCACAGACUAAGUGAGGGAAUCCAGGGCCUCAGUUCUGUGUGGUUCUUUGAUGGCUUUGCUUGUGUACCUCUUGACUGUCCAGAUCCUCUUCUAGUAUAUUUCAACAAAUAUUAGGAAACAUUUUAGAUAGAUCAGAUUGAAUUAUACACUGUACAUGUUUAUAUGGCCUUAGUGUGUUUAAUUACAAGGCCUCACUAUUUGAAAAAUUACUUGACAUUGUUAAACUGUGAUUAUUAUUAUUUAUUUAUUUUUGCUGAAUCUGACAUUCUUGAUUAUUCUUCAUUAUU